AUGCACUCCCAGAACCACUGGGGCGGGGCGUUCGACAUCGACGGCGCGGAGGACGACCAGAGCCGCAACAUGGACAUCGACCGCGGCGCGCUGCAGCACCAGCACCAGCUGGACGAGACGCAGCAGAGCUGGCUGCUCGGCCCGCCGGAGGCCAAGAAGAAGGACCGCUACGUCGACCUCGGCUGCGUCGUCGUCAAGCGCAAGCUCCUCUGGUGGAUGCUCUGGGUCGUGCUCGGCGCCUUCGUCCUCAUCGGCCUCCCCAUCAUCAUCGCCAAGAACAUCCCCAAGAAGAAGCCCCACGCCCCGCCGCCCGACAAGUACACCGACGCCCUCCACAAGGCGCUCCUCUUCUUCAACGCCCAGAAAUCCGGCAAGCUUCCUAAGAACAACGGCAUCCCGUGGCGCGGGAACUCGGGCAUGAAGGACGGCGCGGACCUGCCGGACGUGAAGGGCGGUCUCGUCGGCGGGUACUACGACGCCGGCGACAACAUCAAGUUCCACUUCCCGAUGGCCUUCUCCAUGACGCUGCUGAGCUGGUCGGUGGUGGAGUACGCCGACAGGUACAAGGCGAUCGGGGAGUACGACCACGUGAGGGAGCUCAUCAAGUGGGGAACCGACUACCUGCUGCUCACCUUCAACUCCUCCGCCUCCACCAUCAACAAGCUCUACAGUCAGGUGGGUACCGCCAAGAUCAACGGCAGCACGCCGGACGACCACUUCUGCUGGAACCGGCCGGAGGACAUGGCGUACCCGCGGCCGGUCCAGCAGGCGAGCGCGGCCCCGGACCUCGGCGGCGAGGUGGCGGCGGCGCUGGCCUCAGCCUCCAUCGUGUUCCGCGACAACGCCGCCUACUCCAAGAAGCUGGUGAAGGGCGCGGCGACGGUGUACAAGUUCGCGCGCGCCAACGGGAAGCGCACCCCCUACUCCCGGGGCAACCCUGCCAUCGAGUACUUCUACAACUCCACCAGCUACUGGGACGAGUUCAUGUGGAGCGCCUCCUGGAUGUACUACGCCACGGGCAACAACAGCUACAUCAGCUUCGCCACCGACCCCAGGCUGCCCAAGAACGCCAAGGCCUUCUUCAACAUCCUCGACUUCUCCGUCUUCAGCUGGGACAACAAGCUCCCCGGCGCCACGCUGCUGCUGUCGCGGCUGCGCAUGUUCCUCAACCCCGGUUAUCCCUACGAGGAGUCGCUCAUGGGCUACCACAACGUCACCAGCAUGAACAUGUGCAUGUAUUUUCCCAAGUUCAACGCGUUCAACUUCACCAAGGGCGGGCUCGCCCAAUUCAACCACGGCCAGGGCCAGGCGCUGCAGUACGCCGUCGCCAACUCCUUCCUCGCCGCGCUCUACGCCGACUACAUGGAGUCCGUCAACGUCCCCGGCUGGUACUGCGGCCCCAACUUCAUGACCGUCGACGACCUCCGCUCCUUCGCCAAAUCCCAGCUGAACUACAUUCUUGGGGACAACCCGAUGAAGAUGAGCUACGUGGUGGGGUACGGCAAGAAGUACCCGAAGCGGCUGCACCACCGUGGGGCGUCCACGCCCAAGAACGGGAUCAAGUACUCGUGCACCGGCGGGAACAAGUGGCGCGACUCCAAGAAGGCCGACCCUCACGUGCUCGUAGGCGCCAUGGUCGGCGGCCCGGACAAGAACGACAAGUUCAAGGACGCGAGGAUCAGCUACGCGCAGAACGAGCCCACGCUGGUCGGCAACGCGCCGUCGACAAGAACACCAUGUUCUCCGCCGUGCCGCCCAUGUUCCCCGCCGCCCCGCCGCCGCCGGCCACGUGGAAGCCCUGAGGAGAGGUCUGCCCGACCGGCCGGUUUUACGCCGACGUUGAGCAGGUCGAACACUUCGAUUGGGUUCGGUUGGUAG